CUCACUCUACUACAUGAACGGGAAUCAGGGUGGCUCGGCUUCGGGUCCCUAUUUUGCCAGACCUCCUAGCAUUCGACCCUAGCACAGGUCCCGCCGGAACCAUCAUCAACUCCGGCAGUCAUAUCUUAGUAGGAGUGUUACGGUUCAAUUCUGACUCAUUCCAUGGCUCUGCUUUCCGAUUUAUAUCACACCGUCCGAAUCGUGAAACGCGAAACUCCAUCGAAGGUCAAACUCAGAAAAGCUCCAGACCAACCAUCUUCUACUACCACCGGACCUCUUCACUCAACAGGUAAUUCGAUAGCUUCUCAGCUUCAAAAUUCCAACUCGGCUGUUUCCAUUUCAGAUGCUAAACAAAAAAAGAGCAUCAAUAAGCAGCCAACCGAUCACCGUUACAUUGCUAAAAUUCUGUCGAGGAAGGACUGGUCUUUAUUGCUUAACCACGAGUUGAAGACAAAAAGGGUAAUUCUGAAUGCUCAGUUUGCCGUGAGUGUCUUGCAAAACCAAGAGAACCCAUCAUCCUGCUUGAAGUUUUUCACAUGGGUUUCGAAUACUAAUCCGUCAUUGGCUAAGAACCAAUCGGUUCGUGGUGCUUUAGCUAACACACUUUUUAGGAAAGGUCCGCUUGUAUUUUCUGUUGAGUUGCUUCGGGAUGUUAGGAAAUCUGGGUGCAGGUUGACUGAAGACUUGCUUUGUAUACUGAUUGGUAGUUGGGGAAGAUUGGGGUUGGCAAAAUAUUGUGGUGAAGUUUUUGGUCAAAUUUCGUUUUUGGGUCUUAGUCCAAGCACUAGAUUGUAUAAUGCGGUAAUUGAUGCAUUAGUGAAGUCCAAUUCGCUUGACUUGGCUUAUUUGAAAUUCCAACAAAUGUCAGGGGACAAUUGCAGUCCGGAUAGGUUCACUUACAACAUCCUCAUCCAUGGAGUAUGCAGAAAUGGAGUGGUGGAUGAGGCGCUUCGUCUGGUUAAGCAAAUGGAAAGGUUGGGAUGUUUGCCUAAUGUGUUCACUUAUACGAUUCUAAUUGAUGGGUUUUGUAACUCAAAGAGAGUUGACGAAGCCUUUAAGAUUUUAGAGACCAUGAAAGAGAGAAAUGUGAGUCCAAAUGAAGCCACUAUCAGGUCAUUGGUUCAUGGGGUGUUUCGUUGUAUGGCUCCCUAUAAGGCUUUUGAGUUGCUAUUUGGAUUCGUGGAGAAGAAUCCCCAUUUUUCUAAGUUAGCCUGUGAUACCAUACUGUAUUGCCUCUCUAAUAACUCUAUGGUGAGAGAGACUGCUGCAUUUUUGAGAAAAAUUGGGUUAGAAGGUUAUUUGCCAGACAGUUCAACAUUUAACAUCACUAUGAUUUCCUUGAUAAAGGAGUUUGAUCUGAAUGAGACUUGUGAGAUAUUUGAAAGUUUUAUCAAACGAGGCGUCAAGCCAGGAUUUAAUACUUAUCUUGCUUUGGUUGAAGCUGUGUACAAGGCAGGAAGAGUUGCAGAGGGUGAUAGAUUUUUAGAUAAAAUGAAUAAAGAUGGAUUAGUAUCGAAUGUCUACUCAUAUAACAUGUUAAUUGAUUGCUUCUGUAAAGCUAAAAUGGUAGAAAGGGCAUCAGAGACGUUUACAAAUAUGCAGCUUAUAGGCAUUGAUCCUAACCUAGUUACUUUUAAUACGCUUAUAACUGGGUAUUGCAAGGCUGGUGAGGUAGGCAAGGCUAGAGAACUGUUGGUAAAGCUCUUAGAGCAUGGAUUUAAACCAGACAUCUUCACUUUUAGUUCAAUAAUUGAUGGCCUUUGUCGAGUAAACCAGAUUGAGGCUGCUUUUGAGUGCUUCACUGAAAUGGUUGAGUGGGGUGUCACUCCAAGUUCUGUUACAUACAAUAUAUUGAUACACUCUUUGUGUGCCAUCGGAGAUACAGGUAGAUCAACGAGACUUCUGAAAAAGAUGCAAGCAGACGGACUAAGCCCAGAUUCUGUUUCCUUCAGUGCUCUCAUUCUAAGUUUUUGUAGGAUGAAGAAGGUUGAGCAAGCAAAGAAACUUUUUCUUUCCAUGUUGAAAAUGGACUUGGCUCCUGAAAGUUAUGUAUAUAGUGCUUUUAUCAAGACAUUGUGUGAAUCAAAGAGAUUUGAUGAAGCUGUGGAGUUCUUUUGGUCUAUGGAAGCAAAUGGUUGUGUUCCUGAUUCUUGUACUUGUAAUUUUAUUUUAGAUGUCCUGGUCCAGCAAGACCACUUUGAAGAUGCCCGAAACUUAGUGAAGAGUUUUAAUCGAAGGGGGCAAUUCAUUCCUAAAAGUUAGGACUGGGCAUUGUUGGUUUGCGUUGAUGCUGCUUUGUUUAGAUUUUGGCAUGGAGACAGAUGAAUCAUGACAGUAGGCUGCAUUUUUGCCCAGUGCAUUUGUGAAACAGAGCUUGAACCUCCCUGGCCUUUCUUGGUGGGAGGAGCAAUGGGUUAACUACUUUCCAGGUGUGAUGGACAUUUUACCUGAAGAAAAAGGUUGGAGAAACGUGCAUGCACUCAGUUAUUCUUUUCAAAUUGCCAUACUUUCCACUGUCAUAAGAGAGAGCUCGAAAUGAUGUGGGUUGAGGAGGUGUGGAAAGGCACCCUGCACUAGUGUUGGUGGUUUGCAUUUGAACUGCAACAAAUUAACACAUUGGCAAUUUCAGUUUUCCAAUUAAAUGCACCUACUUUAUUUACUUCCAUUGCGUUUUCCCAUCUGUGGAAAGCUUUUCUUAUUUUAUAUGCACAAGGUGAAUAGCAACUCAUGUAGAAUGUUCCAUGGGCCUAGUUCAUUUGGUCAAAAAGAUAUAUAUAUACAAAUAAAAAAGACUGAAAAAUGGUUAUAUUUGCUUAAAUUUUAAGAAAGUAGUGUGGUAGGCUAGGUUGGUUAUUCACAAAAUUGGCAUAGUUUUUAGCGAACAUAACCUUGGUAUUUAUUAGCGCUAAUAAAACUACAUUGUUAUAUAUUUUCGCUCCAAUUGUAACUAUUUUCACUUACAAGCUUAUGUAACAAUAGCAUUAACGAGAACACUCAGGUUCUGUGUUUUAGCUGCAUAACUGAUUCCCAUCUCUGUUUUCUGCAGCUUAUCAGGUAUACAACAGAGAAAAACAUAGAUUGCUCAUUUCAUUUUUCAAAGCAUUUAUCUUUUUACAUUGAUCUUGAUGAAAGCAUUUAUCUUUUUACGUUGAUCUUGACAGGGAAAGCAGAUGAAAAUGUGCCUGAAAUAGGCCCUGCAUUUCAAGACCCAGCUCAAAUUAGUGCUAAAGCUUUGCCAUGUUUCAGUGACAAAUAUUCAGGAGGAAUUCAAUCUGCAAUGGAUUCAGUGCUGUCAUUAGAUAAAUGCUGAUGGCUACAUCCAGCUAAGGAUUCAUGUCCUGCAUUUAUUAAUGAAGCAAGGGAAGAUCCUUUCCAUUUAAGCAACAUUAAUCAACCUUCUCCUCUGCCUCUUCUUGCUUGUGUACACAAACAUGAUCAUGCCACCAUCAAAAGUUGCAGGUCCAAAUCAGAUCCAAGAUCUGGACAUGCAAAACCCAUUGUAAGCUUCCCAUGCCUAUCAUUUUCCUUUUUCUUUUGAAUAACAAUUAUCAUAUUUUUGGGUGAGUUAUGGUGAUUUUGGCAUGUUCCUUUUCACUUCUAAGGUUUUGUGCUUAUUGUCAUGUUAAUUGAAUUUGAAUGUACUUUGCAUUGUUAUAUUCAUGUUGUUUUGGUGCUAGUUUCAUUUGAAAAGGGGGAAGUAUUUUCUUCCUGACCAAGGGUGAAGUUUUAUUGUUAUUUUCUUUUAGUUGAUUUGAAAAAAAAAAAAAAAAAAAAAUGAAUAA